CGGCGGGGGAUGCGCGCGCGUCGUGGUAGUUAAUUUCAGUGCAAUUUAGCCUGUUUAUGUUUAACUAGGUUACUUUACUGGUUAGUUCUGGUAAAUUGAUAUUAUAUCCUCGAAUCGGUUGGUGUUUCUUGCGAUGAGCUGAACGUCUCAGCCUCGAAAAGAGGGGUCCCGCUGCAAUGCCUGUGCGCAAGUGUCGCGGCGGCGGCGGCGGCGGCGGCCCUCCGUCCCCUGCGCGGCGCGCCGCCGCCGGCCACCGGCUGCCGGCGCCGCUGCCGGCCGGCCUCACACUGACGGACGUGUCUCAGCAGCGCUGGCGGCUCGGCCGCUCCAUCGGCUCCGGCGGCUUCGGCGAGAUCUACUCGGCGGCGCGCGACUCGUCCGCAGAGGCCAGCCACGCCAUCAAGGUGGAGCCGCACUGGAGCGGGCCGCUCUUCUCCGAGAUGCACUGCUACCACCGGGUGGGCCGCGCCGACACGAUCGCCGCCUGGCAGCGCGCGCGCCGGCUCCGGCGGCUGGGCAUGCCGCGCUUCGUCGGCAGCGGCUCGGUGGAGCACGCCGGCGAGCGGUACCGGUUCAUGGUGAUGGACCGGUUCGGCUCGGACCUGCAGCGCCUGCUGGACCGGCACGGCGGCCGCUUCCCGUUCGGCACCGCGCUCACCAUCGGACUCCAGGUGCUGGACACAUUAGAGUAUAUUCACAGCCGGGAGUAUAUCCACGCCGAUAUUAAAGCUCAGAACCUUCUGCUGGGCUACAAAAGAGGCACCGAAAACCAGGUCUACCUUGUGGACUUUGGCCUGGCGUGUCGCUACUCCCUGAACGGCCGCCACAAGCCGUACGGCUCCGACCUGCGCAAGGCGCACGACGGUACCAUUGAGUUCACCAGCCGGGACGCGCACAUCGGGGCGCACUCGCGGCGCGGCGACCUGGAGAUCCUGGGCUACAACCUGCUCCAAUGGACGGCCGGCCGGCUGCCCUGGCAGCACCUGCUGCAUGACGCCGACCUGGUGGCUGCCGAGAAGAACCGCCACAUGCGCCACAUACCCGGCCUCGUGUACGCCUGCUACGGCGACUCGCCGCCGCCUGAGGCCGAGGUGCUGGCGCAGUACAUGCAGAUGGUCUCGGUGCUGGGGUUCGACACGGCGCCCGACUACGACGCGCUGCGGGACGUUCUGAGGGCCGGCGCCGGCCCGUCGGGCGCCGGUUGUGCCCGCCUCGAGUUCUCCUGCGCUGCCGCUGCCGCCGCCGCCGCCAAAGCGGUAAGUGGGGCUGUGUGCGGGUCGGUUGUCGCCGCCGCUCGCGCCGCUCCCUCCGCCCUGUCCGUGACCGGUGGCCAGUUGCAGGGACCGGCUGGCCCGCGGUGGAGGAGGCGUGCUGCCGAGAGCGACCCUCGGCCGACCGCCGGGCGCCGCGGCGCGGUGCACGCUGCCGCCACCGGAGACCGAGCUGUGCUGCGAGACCGCCGGCACCCGUGGCGGACCACAAACGGUGGCCGGAGUGGCGGGCGGCGUCACUGCGAGCAGCGCUGGCCGACUCGGUGAUCAACUGCGAGAGGACCCCGGCCGCCAGCCGUGCCUCAGCCGACUACCGCUGCCGACGGACGCUUGUAAACCAUCUGGCUUUCAGGUUCCAACGGAAGGGGGUUUGCUUUAUUUUGUGAUAUUUCGCUGUGAUAGUCUGGUGACUGGGUGAAUAUGAUUGUCACUAACAUGUGAGCUCUGAGAAUACAUGCCGUUUGCGAG